GGGAAGCCCCGCCCCUGAAGGCUGAACCAAGGCGUCCUUCCAACCCGGUUUAGCAGAGCCGAGAUCUGGAGUCUCCAGUUGGAAACGCACAUGCAAAACUGUUCGGAAGCCACCGGACGCAUCCGCAGAUCCCAGACAAGCCUUGGGUGAGGGCUGUGAUCUCCCGUACGGGUCACCUCCCACAGGACGCAGCGCUCCCACGUUACAGCGGCUCCAGACCCGGCAGCUACGGAAAGUUACUGGCACCAGAAUCGUGAAAACCGGCUCGGCCCAGGGUCCGCGUGUCUUGCAAAACCCACAGAUCUUCCUUUAGAAAUCUUUAACCUGAGGUUUUUGGUGCAUUUCUAACCAACAAAGGAAGGGGACGAGAAAGACACUGUCACCAGGAACCCAGCACUGGAGGAUCGAAGAAAAUUCUUCCCAGGAUGGUCUCACACUCAGAGCUGAGGAAGCUCUUCUGCUCAGCAGAUGCAGUGUGCUUUGAUGUCGACAGCACAGUCAUCAGGGAAGAAGGAAUUGAUGAGCUGGCCAAAUUCUGUGGUGUGGAGGCUGCUGUGUCUGAAAUGACACGGAGAGCCAUGGGAGGAGCAUUGCCUUUCAAAGAUGCCCUCACUGAGCGCCUGGCACUGAUCCAGCCCUCCAGGGAGCAGGUGCAAAGGCUCCUAGCAGAGCACCCGCCACACCUGACCCCCGGCAUAAGGGAGCUGGUGAGCCGCCUACAGGAGCGGAAUGUCCAGGUGUUCCUCAUAUCUGGCGGCUUUAGGAGUAUCGUGGAGCAUGUGGCUGCAAAGCUCAAUAUCCCAACAAGCAACGUGUUUGCCAAUAGGCUGAAAUUCUACUUCAAUGGUGAAUAUGCAGGUUUCGAUGAGACACAGCCAACAGCCGAAUCUGGUGGGAAAGGAAAGGUUAUUGGCUUUUUAAAGGAAAAAUUUCACUUUAAGAAAAUAAUCAUGAUCGGAGAUGGAGCUACGGACAUGGAAGCCUGCCCUCCUGCUGAUGCUUUCAUUGGAUUUGGCGGAAAUGUGAUCAGGCAGCAAGUAAAGGACAAUGCCAAGUGGUAUAUCACUGACUUUGUUGAGCUCUUGGGAGAACUGGAAGAAUAAUCUCGUCUUCUGCUCACUCAGAACAACUCCCCCUUCUCGAAGCUACACAGUCAGACUCCUGGUAGAGUCUAGGAGAUAGCUAUUUUUUCUACUGUACCAAUAUGACUACUAAUUACCUGGAGAGUUUUAUAGUCUGAAUUCUUUGUGAAUAUUCCUGCAUAUAUUUUACCUGGAAUUCUUUCUGAGAUGCAUAGUAAACUAAAUGCUUUUACUCUUGCAACAUG